AUGGGCGGGUUCAAUGAAAACGAUCCAACAUAUGAGUCUGAGAUUGACUCUCGCAGCGACGAGUCUGACGACAUCAUCGACCAUGUCGAUACCCUUGAGCUUACUCGUAUCAAUACAUAUCGCCUGCAACAAAAGACAACCGUGGGCUCCACCAGAGGUCCAAUUCCCCGUGAGAGAUGGCUUCCUAUGGGUGCGAACAAAGAAUACCCACCUAUGCUGCCAGACUCCGAAGCCUAUGUGGUAGAAUUCGACGGGGCAGACGAUCCAUUGCACCCAUCUAACUGGUCUAUGACUAGACGAAUCAUGCUAGUUUGCGUCCUCUGCUAUGGCACCUUCGCCGGAUCCUUCGCCAGCGCCGUCUUCUCAGCUGCGAUCUCCGGCGUCAGCCAGGAAUUUCACACAAGUACAGAAGUUGGUUCGCUUGGAGUAACACUCUACGUUCUCGGAUUUGCCGCCGGCCCAACAAUUUGGGCACCAGCUUCUGAACUGAUCGGCAGACGGGCACCAUUGUCCGCAGGGCUUCUCGGCUGUGGCAUAUUUACCGUAGCAUGUGCGGUUGCUAAAGAUAUCCAGACUAUCAUGAUCUGUAGAUUCUUUGCCGGUCUUUUCGCGGCGAGUCCGAUUUCGAUUGUUCCGGCGGUAUUCGCAGACCUAUUCAAUCAUGCACAGCGCGGAAUUGUGAUGUCCAUCUUUUGCAUGGCGGUGUUUAUUGGGCCGUUUGCAGCGCCAUUUGUAGGUGGAUUUAUCGCGAUGAGCUUUCUCGGAUGGCGUUGGACCAUGUAUAUCUCUGCGAUCCUGGUUUUUGUGGGAUUCGUCUUGGUUGUCAUCUUCCUCGACGAGACUUAUGCCCCAGUGAUCCUUGUACGCAAGGCAGCCACUCUACGGCGGCAGACUCGAAAUUGGGGCAUCCACGCGAAGCAGGAUGAAGUGGAAGUCGAUUUCAAUGAACUCAUUCGAAACAACUUUGCCCGACCAAUUAUGAUGUUGGUCACAGAGCCCAUACUACUGCUUAUCUCGCUUUAUAUCUCAUUCAUUUAUGGCCUCAUUUAUGCCCUACUAGGCGCAUACCCCGUUGUCUUCCAGGGAGUAUAUGGGAUGAACAUGGGAGUCGGCGGGCUUGCUUUUGUUGGUCUUAUCCUCGGUGAACUGUUUGGUGGCAUCUUCAUUCUUUUGAUACAAGGCUCAUAUGCGAGAAAAUUGGUGGCAAAUGGCGAUCAACCUAUUCCCGAAUGGCGGCUGUCGCCAGCGAUCGUCGGAGCCGUAGCAUUCUCAGGUGGAUUGUUCUGGUAG